UCCUCGUGCCUUUAAUGUCAAGGCAAAUUACAGGCUUUUCAAGUCAAAGCCCUCUUGCUCCAGAGCAAAGCUCACUCGAGCCAGACGCUAAUCGCUGCCUCCCACAAGGGGCCUAGCUUUAAUUGCCCAUGACAUGCUAAUCUGCUGGACAGUCUCAAAUGCUCCUUUAUCUGUGUGCCCCUCUCCUUUCCCUCCUCCUUUCCCUCACAGCUCCCCAAUCUCCACACUUUUUCUUCGGCGAGGCAGUUUGCCCUCACCCAGCCUGGGUGUGGCCUUCCUGGCCUAGAGAGGCAGCUCGCCUGUGGAGACAGAAGAAGCUCUGUUGCAGUAGCUUCCAGCCUGUGCCUUCUUGCAUGUCGCGUGUGCCUUUCCCACCCCCUCUGGAGGCAUUAAGGAGAGAAAUGAAACUUUCCCCCCUCUUCAGCAAGUGCUUUUGUUGCCUGGGCUUCCUCUUUAUGGUUCUGCAAGAGUCAGGAAGCCUGAACUCAGACAGCCCCGAGUGCAGCCAAAGAGAUGACAACCCAACAUGCGCAGGGUCCCUGGUGGCCAUGCCUCUCCCUUCUCCGGAAGGCGGCUGCGAUGGGUUGGGGAGCUGCAGGCUCCGCGUCCUGGGGCCUGAGGAGCCGGCAGCACCUGAAGAAGUGCAGGAUGUCCCUGCUGGCGAGCAGCAGAUGGAGUUCAAGCAGAUCCUGAAGCACACUGGAGAGCUCAACAAGCAAAGCUCUUCCAGGACCAGGACCCUGAUGGACCGACUCAGCUUGGUGGAAACCAGAGUGGUUUCCAUGGCAUCGGGCCUACAGAAGUUGCAGGAGGAGAGCCGGCUUAAUCUGCACCGCUUAGAGGAGCAGCUCAGUUCCUUGGUGGCCCUGCUGCUGGGGAUCCUCUCUGGCUGCAAGCUGCCUUGCAGUGAAUCAGUCCUGAAGGCAUCCAUUCUUGAUAUAGGGAAAGAGCACAAGAUUGAGGAGACACCAGCACUUACAGUGGAACCCUCUGAAAAAUCUGAGCACACGUAUCCUCGGGAUUGUGCAGAGAUCCAUAAACAGGGCAUCCGAGACAAUGGGAUAUACACCAUCCAACCCAUCCCCCUCCGUCAACACUUUGAGGCAUACUGCGACAUGGUCACGGAUGGUGGCGGGUGGACCGUGUUCCAGCGCCGGCAGGAUGGCUCUGUGGAUUUCAACCGCACUUGGCAGGAGUACAAGCAUGGAUUUGGGAGCCUGCAAGGAGAGCACUGGCUGGGCAAUGAGCACCUCCACAGCUUAACCCGCCUGGGCCAGCAUGUCGUGCGCAUAGAGCUGGAGGAUUGGCAUGGUGUCAAGCGCCAUGCUGUUUACCGCAAAUUCAAAGUGGCCAGUGAGGCCCACAAGUAUCGGCUGACAGCCCGGGAGUAUCAAGGCAGUGCAGGCAAUGCCCUGAGCUACAGCCGCAACUACAACCACGAUCACAAGUGCUUCACAACUUGGGACAGCGACAACGACAACUACCCCAUGGGCAACUGCGGUGCAUACUAUGGGGCCGGCUGGUGGUUCGACUCCUGCCUGGCAGCCAACCUCAAUGGGAAGUACCACCAUGGACGCUACACGGGGGUGACCAGCGGCAUCUACUGGGGAACAUGGUACAUUCUCGUUGACAAAAGGACCAAUCAGAAGUACUCCUUCAAGAAAGCGGAGAUGAAAACAAGGCCCGUCGGCUUUUAAGAGGAGCUUACAACCAGAAUGCCCGAUGCAUGUGGACUUGCGGCAGGGAGACUUUACAGAGAUAAGUUAAAAGAAAAUAACCUGCUACUGAGAUUGGACUUGGGAAAAGCAAGUUCAAAACAGGACAAAGUCCUACUUUGUGGAGAAUCUUAAUACAAUGAAA